AAAAGAUUGUUUUAUUGGUUGUGCACUUAUCGUUUUUAUCAAGAAACCAAGAUUCAUUUAUGUCUUUUACAAAAAGGGGAUACGAAAAGAGACGCAGUAAACGUGUCCAAAAAGAACAUUAAAAAAUACUAAAAUUUUCAUCAGUACAUAUAGAAAAAAAAUCGAAUGUUGAAACUUCUAAAAGAAAUGAUUUCUUAUCUUGCGAAUCUAAAAUAAAAAGAAUAUUUUGACCAUCAUAAGUCAUCGAUUUUGUACAAUGAAUACUCUUAUGACCAAAAGCCUAAUGAGUAUAAGCAUAACCCAACUUUAAAGGAAAGUUUUUCUGCAUGUUUUUCUAACCAAGUAAUUAUGCACUAAACAAGUGGAUUGACAAAGAAUACCAACAAAUUUAUUGUCCAAAAAAAAAACUAUAAUCAUGCACUGAAAAACAACCUUUUGUCAACAAAAGAAUGGCACAAAUUUCCAUUGAUAAAGUAUUCAUUUUCAUGUUGUGAAGAAUACAACUUUCUACAUCAGAUGAGAUAUAUGUUAAAGAAAGCAUUAAAAAUAAGAAUAACAAAUCAUGCCGUUCUUCAUUGCCAGAACCUCCGCCACCUAUUAUGAAUAAGCCCAAUGCUAAAAGUAUAACAUAAAUAUCAUAAUUUUUUCUUAACGAUUUAUAAACUGAAAUAGAUUCUUGUUUAAUUUGAUCUGAAUAAUAUCUAUCUAGCUAUUAGUCUUUUUUUAUGUAUUACUAAGAUUUUCCUUUUAUUUUAACUAUUUGGGUGUCCUAUUAUCUGUAAUGUUGUUAAAUUGGUUACAUAUAUUUAUAUCAUUGACAACAUUCUAUUGUAUUAAAUAAUCCUUUAAUCAACUUGAUAUGAAAAUUGAAAAUUGAUUGAAAGCAUGCUGAAGUUGUUUGAAUUCAGAAAUUGAAAGAGUACAAAAUUGGUUGAAAGAUUAAAUUAAGUAACAGGUAUGGUUGAGGGAUUAUUUAUAGUUCUAAUUAUAAUUAUUUCUUUUGAAUAGAGUUGUUAUCAGAUUCAAAGAUUGAAGAAGAUAAUUUUUCUUCACAUUUUAUUGAUGAACACCAAGCAAAGUUCACAUUGUCAAAGAGUUUUAAGUUUUAAUAGAUGCAAAAUGUUAUUCUCAAGGAGCUUGCAGAAAUAAAAGUUCUUUUAAAAGAAGUUAUAGAAAUUAAGUUUCAGGCUACUGGGGUGAAGUUGCUAGAAUUGGUGGACGAAGUGGUUACACUGGAUAAUAAACUAAAAGAUAAAACUGAGUAUACUAAUUUGCUUGAUAGUUUAAAAAAGAUUGGUGGUGGAAAGCCAAGAGAACAUGUUUUUUUGAUCAUGAAAAGGUUAUUUUCGAAUCAGUUACAGUCCAAAUUAAAUCGAAAAGUUUAUGGGGAAAAGAUAAGCUUAGAAAAUCUAGUAAAUAUAUGGAGUGUUUUACGAGAAAAAGUAAAACUAACAAUAAUAAUGGUUCAUCAUCAAAAUUAUUCAUUGGACAUCCGAUCUCGGGUCAUUUGUGAUCGAAAAAAGGGCCUAACCUACAAGCAAUGUGCAGAAAAAUAUCAAAUAUCGAUAAGUGGUGUUAGAAAGAUGUGUAUAAAAUUUGAAACAACUGAUUCUGUUGAAAAUCAGAAAAGAUUUGGUCGCCCCCUUAAGACUUCAACAAGAACUGAUAUGCUAAUUGCGCGAAUAGCGAAACAAAAUUCAACAAUAACCUCAAGACAGAUUGUUGAGAAUCUUAAAUUAAAUGUUUCCAGUCGAACUGUACAGAGAAGACUUAAUUCAAGUGGUUUAAUAAACCGUCUUCAAAAAAGUAAACCCCUCAUUAGUGGUAUAAACAAAAAAAAACGCUUAGCAUUUGCAAAACUGCAUAUUAACAAGGAUGAGGCAUUUUGGAACUCAGUGUUAUGAUCUGAUGAGAGUAAAUUUCAAAUAUUUGGCUUUAAAAAACGACAAAGAGUUUGGCGCAGACCUUGUGAUGCACUCUUAGAUAGAAAUCUUAGAAAAACUGUCAAGCAUGGAGGUGGCUCAAUUAUGGUUUGGGGAUGCUUUGCUUCAAAUGGUGUGGGAAGACUGGUGAAUGUUGAAGGUAUAAUGACAGGACAAUUGUAUGUUGAUUUGCUUUCCAAACAUUUAUGUCAAUCCGCUAAAAAAUUGAAUUUAGAUCGCAAGUUCUUUUUUCAACAAGACAAUGACCCCAAACACACCAGCAAAGUGGCACAACAUUUCCUCAAAAAAAGUAAAGUUAACAUCCUUAAAUGGCCACCACAAAGCCCGGACCUUUACCCCAUUGAAAAUUUAUGGGCAAUUUUAAAAUCUAAAAUACCUCCUUCAAAACGAACAAAUAAAAAAGAAUUUUUUGAGGUUCUUAGUGAAACUUGGAAUUCAAUUGGUACUGACGUCACGUCAAAGCUUGUAAAAAGCAUGCCAAGACGUUUAGAAGCAGUCGUGAAAGCAAAAGGUGGUGCAACAAAGUACUAAAAUGAAAAUCAGACAUGAUAUUCUUGUAUUUUUAAUAUAUAUUACUGACAAAACAUUAUAUUUCAUAAUAAAAACUCAUAAUAAAAAAAGAUGUUUCUUACUUAUGUCGCAUUUAUUUUGGACAAAAAAGUUGUAAGAUAGCUAGUUUUGUUUAAUA